CGGAUAAAUAUCUACCUCAGGUUUCUUGCCUCUUUCCCUCAUACUUGAAAUAUAUUUCUACUUCACUCUCUCCACUUAACUCUUCCAUCUGUACGGCAUCGUUUUGUUGUUCUUGGAUCUCCAUCAAUGGCGAAAGAACCAGUUCGCGUCCUCGUUACUGGAGCUGCAGGACAAAUUGGGUAUGCCCUUGUACCCAUGAUUGCUAGGGGAGUCAUGUUGGGUGCUGAUCAGCCUGUGAUCCUUCACAUGCUUGAUAUCCCACCUGCUGCAGAGGCUUUGAAUGGAGUCAAGAUGGAGUUGGUGGAUGCUGCUUUUCCCCUUCUAAAAGGUGUUGUUGCUACUACUGAUGUUGUUGAGGCAUGCACUGGAGUCAACAUCGCAGUCAUGGUUGGUGGUUUCCCAAGGAAGGAAGGAAUGGAAAGGAAGGAUGUUAUGUCAAAGAAUGUGUCUAUUUACAAGUCUCAGGCUUCUGCCUUGGAACAGCAUGCAGCUCCAAACUGCAAGGUUCUGGUUGUUGCCAACCCUGCCAACACUAAUGCGUUGAUCCUGAAGGAAUUUGCACCUUCAAUUCCUGCAAAGAACAUUACCUGUCUGACAAGGCUGGAUCAUAACAGGGCAUUAGGUCAAAUCUCAGAGAAACUGAAUGUCCAAGUUUCUGAUGUUAAAAAUGUGAUUAUUUGGGGUAAUCAUUCAUCAACUCAGUAUCCUGAUGUCAAUCAUGCAACUGUCAAGACUCCGUCUGCAGAGAAGCCUGUUCGCGAACUCGUGAAAGAUGAUGCAUGGUUAAAUGGAGAAUUCAUAACCACUGUCCAACAACGUGGUGCUGCAAUCAUCAAAGCUAGGAAACUCUCAAGUGCACUAUCUGCUGCUAGUGCCGCAUGUGAUCACAUACGUGAUUGGGUCCUUGGAACUCCAGAGGGCACAUGGGUUUCCAUGGGGGUGUACUCUGAUGGUUUGUACAAUGCACCAGCUGGGGUCAUUUAUUCCUUCCCAGUAACUUGUCGCAAUGGAGAAUGGACAAUUGUCCAAGGGCUGGUAAUUGAUGAAUUCUCAAGGAAGAAGUUGGACUUGACUGGAGCGGAGCUGACCGAAGAGAAGGAAUUGGCAUACUCCUGCCUCUCAUGAAUGCUUUGACCAUUUAUUCAAUUUGUGGUAUGGUAUGCUUUGGUAGGAUAGCUGCAGUUUUGAAUAAGAAAGGGAUUCUAGAUGAACUGUUAAUGGUGGGGAAAGCCGCCUCCCCGGAUCUUGCAUCUGAUGGGGUUUUCGGUUUUUAUUACUGACCCCAGAGUUCAGCUCGAUUCUAAAUGGGGGAUAAGCAAAGAACUAUUGUCAUCCAAACGAAUGUUAUGAUAUUGUAUAAUGUGUUUUGUUUUCUGCAA